UCGUUGCUCGUGCCCCCUCUGCUAGUGUUUACGUUGAGAUGCUCACAACAAAGGAGCGCCUCGCGCGCGGAGGGAGACUCCGUGACUUAAAACAACGUUUUAUUUUAUCUCCCCGCGAGCCUUUGGAUCUUGUGUCUGCUUUUCUAUACGCCAGGCCUUCACGUGGCCUCCUUAUUUUUGAAUUUUAUUUUUUUUAGUCCCGGGAUACGGUUUUGGGAAUUAACGGGAAUUCUUUUUGUGUGUGUCUGCGUGCGUGUGUGCGCCGGCGGGACGUUUAGCUAGCUGCCGCAGCAGUUGGAGUAGCUGCUGGAUCAUCAGGAGCCACGGGCGCGCGGGGACCGAAACGAGCAUCUGUACCGCGGGCAGAAGACGCAACGCUGUGACGGACGAGCACAUGACGCUUGAAACGUUGGAGCCGAGGCUCAGCUGACCCUUACCCUUCCGCCUCCUCCUCCCCAUCCCACCCCUUCUACUGCAUCCUGUCACCUCGUGAGGUCUCACCUGUCGCUCCUCACCUCCUCCUCCUCCAAAACUCAGCCCGCCCUUCCUGAUGUACUCCCCAGAGCAGGAAAACAUCUCCACCUCCUCCUCCACCAAAGUGCCAGUGAAGUACGGAGAGCUCAUCGUGCUGGGGUACAAUGGCUCUCUGCCCAACGGGGACCGGGGCCGGCGCAAAAGCCGCUUCGCGCUCUACAAGAGACCGAAAGCAAACGGAGUGAAACCGAGUACGGUUCACAUCUCCUGCUCCCCGCAAGCAGCCAAGGCCAUAAGCAACAAAGACCUGCACAGCAUCUCCUACACUCUGUCCCGAGUCCAGACGGUGGUGGUGGAGUACACCCACGAGAGCAAUACUGACAUGUUCCAGAUCGGCCGAUCCACGGAGAGUCCGAUCGACUUUGUGGUGACGGACACAGUGGCCGGCAGCCAGAGCAACGCCGACACCCAGUCGGUCCAGAGCACCAUCUCCCGCUUCGCCUGCCGCAUCCUGUGCCAGCGCACACCGCCUUACACCGCCCGCAUCUACGCCGCAGGCUUCGAUUCCUCCAAGAACAUAUUUCUAGGGGAGAAGGCUGCAAAGUGGGAGACGUCUGACGGUCAGAUGGACGGGCUGACCACCAACGGCGUGCUGGUCAUGCACCCGCGCAACGGCUUCACGCAGGACUCCAAACCAGGCGUCUGGAGGGAGAUCUCCGUCUGCGGGAAUGUCUUCACCCUGAGGGAGACGCGCUCGGCGCAGCAGCGGGGGAAGAUGGUGGAGACGGAGUCUCAUGAGCUUGUGGACGGCUCGCUCAUUGACUUGUGCGGCGCCACCCUGCUGUGGCGCACGGCCGAGGGCCUGUCGCGCACCCCCACCCUGAAGCACCUGGAGGCCCUUCGGCAGGAGAUCAACGCAGCACGGCCGCAAUGUCCCGUGGGCUUCAACACGCUAGCCUUCCCCUCCAUGCGCCGCAAAGACACGCCAGACGAGAAGCAGCCAUGGGUCUACCUCCAGUGCGGUCACGUGCAUGGAUACCACGACUGGGGCAACCACCGGGAAGAGCGGGAGGGCCGUGAGGGUCGGCUCAGGGAGUGUCCCAUGUGCCGCGCCAAGGGUCCGUACGUGCCGCUGUGGCUGGGCUGCGAGGCGGGCUUCUACGUGGACGCGGCACCGCCCACCCACGCCUUCAACCCCUGCGGCCACGUCUGCUCGGAGAAAACAGCGGCCUUCUGGAGCCAGAUCCCGCUCCCGCACGGCACGCACACCUUCCACGCCGCCUGCCCCUUCUGUGCGCAGCAGCUGAGCGGCGAGCACGGCUUUGUUAGACUCAUCUUCCAGGGACCUGUGGACUGAUGGGCGGACCUCCCAGCAUGCUUUGCAGAAUAAAAACUGAUCCCAGAUCUCUUUUUCUUCUGGACUUUUUGCCUCUUCCUCAUUUUUAAGUGACCUUUGUAUCACUUUUUCAUGAAUGAUGACAAAGAUUUCUAUAUUUUCUUGAGAAAACCAAACAAAGAACACUGCUGGGUUCACUUUCUUUCCCGGAGAGAUCCUUCAACAGUAUUUAUCAAGACGACUAACAAACAACUUUAUUUGUUGCAAUAUAUUCAUCUGAGAGCCUAUUUAAACAAAGAUGAUUAUUUAUGCCCCCCUCCCUCCCUUUCAGUGUUUUCAUUCAGUAUCUGAUGAUCAGACGUGAAGUUUUCUGUGUGUUCUUCAGUCCCGCCCCUCCCCCAAACGUCAUAUUUAUGCACCCCCUCAGUGUGAGCUCACCGCUGUCCUCCAUGACGCUUCAUCCAGACUUUGUUUUCCGAGCCAUAGACCUGCAGCACAAACAUUCUCCUGCAUCGUCACUUGUUGUUUUCAUGACCCCCCCCCCCCCCCAUCCUCAACAUGUUUGCCACGAUGGUCGGCAGACCUGAGAACACGUGCAUGAACUGCGGGUCGCACGGAUGCAGACCAAGACACCAGAACCAGAGUGGAGCGGGGUUCCUGAAAAAGCAGAAGGAAAUUGAAAGUAAAGAAUGUUUGAAAAAAAUGACGACAAAUAAAUAAAUCAACCCCCCAAAAAAAAAGAAGACAGAAAAAGAGCGACCCGUUUGGACUGAAGUGAAAUAAAAUCUCAGCAUUAAAACACUAGAACAACACUUUUAUUUAAACUCUCAACUACGUGUUGCUUUUCUGCAUCAAAAGGAAUUUCCGGGUUUUUUUUCAUUUCUUGGUUACAGUGCCUUGGAUUUUAAAGCACUUCGGACACCACGCUCACUGUUUGUUUUUUUAACUUUGGAUAUGACUUCAUCAAUUUUACUAAGUUAAAAUCUAAUUGAUAUGAGUGUUUUGCGACGAUUAUAAAUGAGUCCACUGUCUUCUGAAGAUAAAAAUGUUGAUGGCUUAUUAUUUAUUUGGCAAAAAUUGUUCCAACGCAAUGCAUUGUGGUUUAUAUUUGCCGAUCUAGUGAGCAUCGAUGCACACUAGUUUUUCCCAGAGACUUCUGGGAAAUUUCCAGGGCACUCGAUUUGGGAAUUUUAGAUUGGAACAGCACUACAAAAUGGCGAACGGACUAUAUAGUGCACUAUAUAGGGGUGAGGGUGGGAAUUCGGACAUAACCAUAGACUUUACCGGAAAAUAUACAGCUAUUACAGUAUUAAUUUAAAAUAAUUCUAUUGUCAGAAUUAUUCUAAUUUAUCAGGAGCAUUUUUUCUUUCUAAGUUAUUUAAGUAAUAAAUUGGCCAACCAGAUGCCUCAAUGAAAGUAUGUGGUCUCACAUCAAACAUUCAAAACAUUUGAUUGACAGAUUGUCCUGAGCCUUUCAAAUGGUAGGGGUGUGGCCUUCCAAGAAGCUCACUCCUGAUUGGGAAGUGGUAGCCAUAGAAAUGUCGACACAAACCGACUUGGACUAGUCGUUGCUUACCGAUGACAUGUCUAUUCCAAAAAGUGCUGCCUGACUUGACAUCGUUUGAUUGGAGCUGAAAGUACAGCAUUUUCUAUGGGUGACGUCACACGCGCUCAGUCCAGUCCUCAUAUACAGUCAAUGGUUCAGACCCUCAGUGGGAGGAGCUCCCGAUCUGCUGGGAGCAUUUCGUUUCCAAUGCUGUUCUUUAUCAGUCAACAUUUGACCAAAAGUAAACAAACAUGGACUGUAGGGAGUAUCACCACGAUGUCAUGCAAGAAAACUGUGAUCCAGGCCAUGAAAGUCUGGCUGCAGCCUCCUUAGAAAGAUCUAGAACUGGUUUAGGGGCCCUCAGUAUUGCCCACUUUGUUGUUUUUUGUGUUUGUUUAUUUGUGGUUUACUGAAACAGAUAUGAGCAACAAAAAGCUUUUGGCUGAAACUUGACCUCAAACGCAAAUGAGCUGUGACGGCGCUGCAGCCCCAAGUCGGCCGUGCGUCUCGUCUAAGUGAGACACGCAAACUGUAGACCCCACCCAUUCACAACCACGCCUUCACCCCCACCUCCCCACUGUGGUUUGUGUUCAUCUGUCUGACAAAAACCUGCACACACACACACCCCAACUCACCUCAGGGAGAAAGCAUCACCUGUCCACACACACACACACUUGAACAUGCACACCAACACACUCAAACACAUGGAUGCACAUAGAGGUGCACAAACACGCAACCACAUACAUCCACACACACACACGCACAUCCACACACCUGCUCUGCUCUGAUGGACUCCUCAAAGGGCUUCCUUCUGUUUUUACACAAACAGCCCCUCCUCUUCCGUGCUUGUAAAAGGCGACAGCAAAAUUGUUUCCAGCAAACACUUUUGUAACAACUUUAAACAAUAAAGUGUAAAAGUGAC